AUGGAGCACUACAGAACUCUCCGAAUAUUCCAAAAAUCCCCAAACUCGGGUGUUUUCCACUUGAAUCUCAACCGUCAAUCUCAACGCAACGCCUUAUCACGUGACUUCUUCACCGAAUUCCCAAUUGCUUUCCAAUCCCUCGACCAAAACCCUAACGCGUCCGUCAUCCUCCUCUCUGGUACCGGCGAUCACUUCUGCUCCGGUAUCGACAUCAAUACCCUAAACUCCACCGCCGACGAUUCCGGCGAUCGUGGACGAUCCGGAGAGAAGCUACGGCGAGACAUUAAGUUCCUGCAGGACGCGAUCACGGCGAUCGAGCGGUGUAGGAAGCCGGUGAUCGCUGCGAUAAAAGGAGCGUGCAUUGGUGGCGCGGAUUUAGGGACUUUACAGAGGUUGCCGGGGAUUGUUGGGUUUGGUAAUGCAAUGGAAUUGGCUUUGACGGGUCGGAGGUUUUCGGGUCAGGAAGCAAAAGAGUUGGGUUUGGUUUCUCGGGUUUUUGGGUCGAAAGAGGAAUUGGAUGAGGGCGUUAGAAUCAUCGCCGAGGGGAUUGCAGCAAAGUCGCCUCUUGCUGUCACUGGAACAAAAGCCGUCCUAUUAAGAAGCCGCGACGCAAGUUUAGAACAAGGGUUGGAUUAUGUAGCGACUUGGAACUCUGCAAUGCUUUUGUCUGAGGAUCUAAGGGAGGCUGUCUCAGCACAUUUGCAGAAAAGAAAACCCACCUUUUCCAAGCUUUAA